AUGGCACCGCUAUUCCGUCAAACAGCGCCUGUACAGAGGCUACCCUAUGAGAUCUUAUUGAACAUUUUCUUUCUUGUGCAUCUCACGUACGAUCGCCGCUUUGAGGCGCUUUACAUCCUAAUGCGCGUCUGUCGCAUGUGGAAGGAUACAGUAUAUGCCAGCGCGGGGCUCUGGGCAGCAUCUAUACCUUGCUUCCCUAACAAUCACAUCGAGUCAGCCCAAAGGUUUCUGAGGCGUGCAAAGGAACUCCCCAUCGGAAUCCGCAUCUACAAAGCCACAACCAUGGGCUUGGAGGAUAUCACAAAUGCCGUCUCUCUCGCUCUUCGCCUUUCUUCUCGACUUCGCGAAUUUUCCCUCGUCUGGUUUCAGAGCGACGGCGCGGAGAUUACGCAUCUGAUCAAGGGCAUGUUUCACCCUAUCACCUCCUUCCCCGCGCUGGAGGUCGUAUCGGUGACCGCAGGUCCAAAGCUCAUGUUGACGGGCGGGGUGAUUGACGCACCUAUGCUACGAACCGCAAGGUUCGAGCGCAGCCUAUGUUACCCGUGGCCGAGAAGGACAGGCCAGCUUCGCUCAUUUACGCUGGUCAGCGUGCAGCUCGUAUAUAAAGAUCUCUUCACGCGCACACUCGGCCGAGCUCUCCAUUUGCAGGAGCUCGCUCUUGUCGACGUAGAUGUCACCGAGGCAUUGAAUGAGCUCGAAUCCUCCGAGAUCCGACUAUCUCUCGAUAGUCUCAAGGAGCUACACCUGACAUUGCCAUGGCACAACCUCAUCAGAGUCUUUUCGUCGGUGCAAUUUCCCUCCAUGUGCACUGCCUUCCUCAAGUCGUCCGUUACAAUUUGGAGCCAACAGCCCGUGCUCCUCGAUGACGAUUCUCAUCGGAUGAUACCCCUGAGCACUGCCCUCGGGAAGGUACUUUACAAAGAGCCCGCCGAUGACGCACCUAAGCGUACCCUCGACAUCGUCGUACGACCGUGCACUAUCUCCCUCUAUGACUCAGAUCAUAUCAUAGACGGUCAUCGUAGUGUUCAAGUCAACCUGGACUCCCUGGACUUUCUUGAUCUUGACAAAGAGAGAUUUGUCCAAAUAUGCAGGGCUCUCUUGCUUUCCACUCAGACUGGCGUGCAGACUCGCCGUCUUCGUAUCGAAGACCACAUCCUCGGUCAGCGGCUUUGGACGGACAUCAUUGGGGAAUUUUCUGCGCUGGAAGAACUACAUCUUGAUUGUGAUUCAACAAUCAUCGAGGAGAUACUCCAGACGCUCCAAAGGAAGGCUGACAGUGUCACAACGUUUAUGCUUCCCUCUAAGGUUGUGUUCUUGCCAAAGAGAAUGCGCAAAUGCCACGUCGUCGGCCUGUCUCGAUUAGCUGCAAUGCAAAAAAACGGUCUCACCACUCUCACCGUCAUGGAUAAGGUCUUAUCAGUCGACAAGACGGAUCAACUAAUGAGGGCGGGGUUGGAGAUUGAGACAGUCAGCCAAGGUAUGUGUCAUAUACCUGACGCGGUAGUAUUGAACAAAGGUCUGACAGUUCUCAGAGGGAACUAUUGUUACUCAAACUCGGAAAGGUGA